AUGGCGGCCUCGAUAAUAAAACUCUGGAUCACUGGAUCCAAAAUUCCAUUCGAAGUAGACGCAAUUGGUCCAAUGACAUUUCAGCAAGUGAAGGAGAAGAUUCGGAAUGCCGUAAAUGUGGAGCCGGAGAGGCAAAACCUGUACUACAACGAAGUGAAGAUGCAAGAUGAGCACCAAGUGAGACAGUGUGUGCUCGACUUUUUUGGUUACAUAGAGCUGAGGGUGACGCCUUUACCUGAAAAUGCCAAAGUCACGGUUCUCUGCAAGGCACGAAACAGGGAUGUUGAGGCUAUCAGUAUCAGGGAAACUGAUACCGUUGAAAGUCUCAGAAGCAAACUCUCAAUGACUUGGGGAAUCCCAAUGGAGAAGAUUGUUCUUCACCGCUGCGGCUCUCACAUGGAAGAUGAUUUUCCUCUUUCUGAUUAUUACGUCUGCGAAGGUGCUCAAGUUAAUGUCAGCAUCACUCCUAGUUCUCCUCGUUGA